CGCUGCCAUUGUGCUCUUUUCUUCAAGCUGAAUUUGGGCCUUGAUCCUACAAUUUGAACAUUGCAAAGGGUAUUCACAGAGUUUGGUAGUACCAUGCACAGAAUUUCUGCCAUGACAGACUUUUGAACAAAAUAGGGUGGGAAGAGGAGACAGAAGUGACUUUCUGGGUGGUGGUGGCUUACAUGGACAGCAAUAACAUUUAUUACCUCCUUGUUUGUGCUUAAAAUCUAUCAAAAUUAUAACAAGUUGGCUAAACAAAAACGACAUGUGACCCUUAGCAAGAAAAACAUUUGAGAAGGUUUUAGGAGAAUUUUAAAGAUUGCUGUGGUUACAUAAAUUGUUUGUGUUAGAGAACACUAGAAUAAAGUUCUGUAAUAGUAGCUUGUUGACUUAAUACGCAUUUCAAAAUGAUACUUUCAUUUCAUUUUCUUAUAGAAAGUAGCAUCAAAAGGAGAGUGCGGCAACUGAGCACUGAGUCAUAAUUUAAUGCAAAUCAACCAAGUAUAGUUUUCUGUUUUAUCCAUGCUGUCAAAAUAUUAUACAUAAAUUUUAUCAUGUGCCAAGUGACCUACAGUUAGUUAUUAGCUUGCUCAUCCUUAGAUUAAAACAGGGUGAUUUGACAUCUAAUGUACAGUAGAACCUAAUAGUUAUAUUUCACUAGAUGUUUUGCUUUUACUUCUUAACAGCACACUCCACUUUUUCCAAAGUUCUUCCAUUCAAAAUCCUCUUUAAUUUUCAAUCCAUGUAUCUCCUCAUUUGACCAUUUUAAAAUAGGAAUUUCAAGGCUGAUCAUCUGGUUUAAGGUAUUUCCCCACAGCUGUCUUCAUAGCAAACAGCCAGAGAAAGGCAGAACAUAUUUCCUUGAGAACAUUGACAAAUAAAUCUUAGUUGCUGUCCCCUUAAAGCAAGCAUACUCAAACCAAUGUACCCAGCCAUUGAAUUUUAAAAGUUCACUAUGUGAAUAAAUCUGCUUUUUCCUGGUAUUAUUUCAUCCUGUUCUCAUCAAUAUUUUCCAAUGUUCCAAACUUCAGUUUUGGCCCCACAAACUCCCAGCUUUCCUCAGUUCUGUAAUCCUUUUAUUUCUUUAAUCCAGAGGGGAUAGGUAUCGAAACCUUACAGGCAAAUUACAACGUAUGUCUCAAACUUUGGGAUUGUUGAAAUAUAUGCAACAAAAAAUUAAUCAGUUUGAGUUGUGCAACUCAAACUGGGUCUACUAGUCCCAGAUUUUUUAAGCAAUGUGGACUAAAGUCACUUCUGUGGCCCCUCCAGUAUUAGGAUGGACAGGCUUCAUUGGACCAUUGCCUAAAUCUUAUGAUCGUAUUGAUUUUGGUAGGUUCCCUCAUUUUGUGGUUUCCUCUCAAGUGACUGUAGCCUAGAAGAUGGCGACAGGCAGCAGUAACAGCCAUGGGUGGUUGUGAUCCAGCUUCAUGCUCUGGAGUAGAACAACCACUGCCAGGCCAAAUUCCCGAAACAGAACAGUCACAGGAUGCUGCUUCUUGCCUUAACGCUGCAGAAUGGAUGCUGAAGCGUUAUGGCACAUUCAUACCUGGAACAUCAGGCAGUUCCUCAGGCUCUUGGAAGGUUUUGGAAUCAAACAAGGAAUCCGGCUUCCUUGUUCUUACCAUAGUUAUUUCUGGCCAUUUCUUCAUUUCCAGAGGAAAGGAAGUAAUGGAAGGUUUUUCAUUAAUUGAUGCUUCUCAAUGGCUGAAGAUAGUUAGAAAUGCAGAUUGCAUUUUGUUUGGUUCAAAAACAAAGAGCCAACACCGUAUGUUUCGUGUUCAGUUUAUUGGAGACUCCAAAACACAGGCAGAGGAGCACUGCAAUAACUGUGUGCAGAAACUUGCUGAUUAUGUUCCAGUUCAAGUAAUGGAUGCAGCAAGACAGGAAUUGCAGCCAGUUCACAGCCUGCUGCUAGAUAAUGAGUGUCAGAUGAAAGAUGCUGAGCAAAAUUUACCAACGGAGCACAUUAUUGUAAAUCAACCUCCAGCACAAGAAAGAGCAUCUGUAGCAGAGCUAGCACAGUAUGUGUUGACAUCAAACAUAGAACUUCCUCUUGCAUAUCAACACUCCCAGUGGAAUGCUGAAGAUCUAGGCAGUUUCAUUCGAUUGUGUCUCUUGGAUCAGGGCUUCCCAGCAUUUGUGCAAGAAGUGGAGAACCAGUUGAAAAAAAUUACAGAUGAGUAGGAAGCAAAGCAAUAAAUGAAAAUGUAUUACGAUUAGAUAAAUUCAAUAUAGAUAACUGAGAAAGAGUACCAUAGCUAGUGGUUUUAUUUUUAAAAAAGGUUAUUCAUUUAUUACACUUCAGAAAAUACACACAGGUUUUAGAGGUAUGUAUAAAACAACAUAACUUUAAAUUGCUAUGAAAAAAAAUGCUUUUUGUUAUUGUGGCUGAAAGGACAUUAACCCAAAAGGGUCUUUUAUAAGAAUGUAAAAUCUUAAUGCAGAAAUCCUGCCUCUACCACAAUGUCAGGGAACUGGUCCCUCAGCUUCACUUGUUUGAAGUAGCUGUGUCUUGUUUAAGUUCUUUGCUGCCACCAGUUCCCUCGGAAGGCUUCAAAACCUCAUUGUAAAGGUGUUUAUUAGACUUGGUCAUGAGAUGGACUGUACCACAAGAGACAGGAUAAAAACUGGAGUUAUUAAGGGGAUAAUAUCUACAUAAGGGGCAUUCACAUCAGCACAGUUAGGACCCAUCACACCAAAAAUUAAGCAAAGUCAUAUUUCAGUCAAACACCUUGUUUCAGAAUGGGUGUUUGGCAUCCAAAUGUAGAUGAAGAUCACCACUUCCCACUCAGGAACCCUCAUGUUGAGUUAGUGACAAUAUCUUAAGGGGUAUCAAAAUUGGCACAGGUUGGGCCUGUUACACAAAAUUUGGCAGUGUCCCUUCAGAUGUGGUGACAGUAUCUUCAGAGGUAACCAAAUCAAUGCAAUGUGGACCUGUCAUGCCAAAAGUUGGGCAAAGUCUUGCCAAAGUAUGUUUUUGUCCACCAUCUUAAUUUAAAAUGGCACCCAGCGGCCCAAUAUUAACAAAACAAAACAA